AUACAAAUGCGUGCGUCAAAUAGCGACCGCUGGCAAGGCGUACGACUUGGCUCGCUCAUGCGAUGCGCGACGGCAACUUGGCGCUGCGAGGUGCCACUCCUUCCCUCUUUUGUCACUUCGAGGAGCGUAGAGAAAUGGCCCCGAAAGGCAAGGCUGACGCCAAGGCGGUGGCCGCCAAGGCUGCUAAGGCUGUGAAGAAGGGUAGCUUCAAGAAGAGCCGGAAGCCCCGGUUCUCGGUGGUCUUCCACCGCCCGAAGACCCUGCAGCGCACCCGCGAGGGCAAGUACCCGAAGAUCAGCACGCCCUCGCUUCAAAAGCUUGACCAGUACGCGGUGCUCAAGUUCCCCCUGACCACCGAGUCGGCGAUGAAGAAGAUCGAGGACAACAACACCCUGGUCUUCAUUGUUGACCUGAAGGCCAGCAAGAAGCAGAUCAAGGACGCCGUGUCGCGCAUGUACGACGUGCAGACCAAGAAGGUCAACACCCUCAUCCGCCCCGACGGCCAGAAGAAGGCGUACGUCUGCCUCACCGCGGACUACGACGCCCUGGACGUUGCCAACAAGAUUGGCAUCAUCUAAACGACUCGUCUCGAAGGGACUGGGGAGCAGGAGGCGAAAGAGUGCGCUGUAACGCUGAAAGUCGCG